CCCUUUUCGAUGAUAAUUCUGCGGUUAAAAGGAAGUGCUAUCCUGUCUCCUGGCUGCGGUGGUCAACGGUUUAAAUUUAUUUAUGUGCUAUUGCCUUUGCAAUUAACAGGAGCAGAUUGCGGAUACAGGGGGCAGAUGCGGUUCGAGGGGCUAAAAACGAGUCGCUCAGAUCCUAAGGCGGAUCAGGCCGGCUGGCAGGUGGCUGACACAGAAACCCGGCUGCCAGGCGAAGCCAAGCAACAGGCGAAGCAGCAAUAUUGGCAACAGCAACAGCAACACCAACAGCAAGAGCAGCAGCAACACCAGCAGCAACAUGCAACAUGCAACAACAAUGGCGAGCACCGGACAACGACAACUCUUGACAUGCAUAUGCAAAGGUCUUUCCCAGGUUUUGCGGCUCACAAUCAAUUUGGAGAGACCUUCGUUCGCUUCUCAUUGGGAACCCGCCAAAAUGCAAAUGACGACAGCAACAACAGCAGCAACGUGAGCCCAGAAUGAGAACUUUGACGAAGCCUUUGAUGUGCGCCGUUGUCGGUGACUUAGUCACCCCCUCACAAUGCUCCACUCCUCACCUUUCCCGCCCAGAAGAAGAACCCAGAGCCCCAGGGCCUAGAGCACAUAGCCCAUAUGGCACGCAAUCUCGAAUAAUCAAUAUUGGCGAGCAGUCCAAGCCAACGAAAAUGACGGGCUGGCCAGGUCAAACUGAGGCAGCGGAAGUCGUUGUCACAUCAAUGGCGACAAAGCACUUCCGCUGCCAUUCUAUUCUCCCUCGGACAAAAGGAUGCUGCCUGCCUGUGAUAUUCCUCAAAAGCGGGCACUCGGAGAAAGAAAGAUUGCCCAAUAAACAGGGUUGAAAGCAGCAACAUCAGCUAGAUUUUGAAGCCAGACAAACUUCGUCUUUAGAAUGUUUAAAUACCAUGCCUUUUAUUUUUAUAUGUAACACCUCCCUUCAAGCCGAAUACUAUAAACCAAACAAAUAUCAAAAAAAAAACUUGGA